AUGAAAGCAGCAGUGUUUACCGGGUCUGAAGAGUUGGGUAAUUUGACUAAAGUGGUUGAUAUUGCCCGUCCACAAAUCAGUGCUGGUCAAAUAUUAGUCAAAUCAGUUGCGUUUGCAGCUAAUCCAGUCGAUUGGAAAAUACAUGUUCGAGGGCUCGGUGGUGGGGAAAACUACAUUACCGGAAGCGAUGUGUCUGGAGUAGUAGAAGAAGUUGGUUCCGAAGUCAGUGGAUUCGAAAAGGGGGAUUUUAUUUCGUCCAUGUUAAGAGGUAGCAGUGUCAAAGACAGAGGAGCAUUCAGUGAAUACGUGGUGACGUAUCCGGAAACCAGUAUCAAGUACAACAAAGAAUCAUUCGACCAAGAGCCUUUGCCGGCUGGCAAAACUCCGUCCAAUAACAUCAAUUCGUUUGAGUCUGCUGCCUCGGUUACCCUUGGAUUAGGUACUGCAAUCACCGCAUUACAUCAUGUACUCCAAAUCAGACCUGAUAAAGAUCAAGGAAAGUCUAUUUUGAUUUGGGGUGGAGCAACGGCCACUGGUAUAAUUGCCAUUCAAAUCGCCAAAAGAGUAUAUGGAAUGAAAGUGAUCACUACUGCAUCUUCCAAGCAUCACGCUUUCCUUAAAAGUUUAGGUGCUGAUCUUGCAUUUGAUUAUCAUGACAAAAACAUAAUCAACAAUUUAAGUCAGAUAGAUAUCCCUUUUGCGUUUGACACCGUCUGCACCAAGCAAACUUGGCAAUCGGUCUACGACUCUACUGCAAAGAGUCUUGAACCGGUGAUCACCAACAUUCUAUUCUUAAAGGAUUCCGAUCUCCAGCUUGACAAUUCCCGUACCGUGAGAAUCAUCUCCUCUUCCGUCUACUUGCUAAUGAAUGGAAUAGAACAGGGAAAUGUGCCCCAUAUCGGCUAUACUGCUUCGCCUGAAAUGGUCAAAGACUUCAAGGAAUUCUGGAAUAACAUAUUACCAGGGUUUCUCCCCCAUUUAAAGCACGCAGACCUAAAAGUCCUAGGUCCUGGCUUGGAGAGCGUCAAUGAAGCCUUAGACUUGUUGAGAGAAAACAAAGUUAGUGGUGAAAAACUUGUUUUUAGAUUUAAAUAG